UUUAUACUAUCUGCCAUCAUUUCUUGAUUUAGAGAUAAUGAAUUGCUCCUUUCAUUUCUUUUCUUAUAUAAGACUUAAGAGUUCAAAAUUUAUAGUGAAUUAUAUUAUUCCAUUCAUUAUAUUACAUAUCUCUUUUGUGAAGGAAAAAACAUUUCAUUAACUUAAUUAUUUGGAUAUCGUUGCUUCAAUCAAAUUCAUCGAUUCAUCUUCACAUGAACCUUUAUCAUGUCUCUACAACUUCGGACAGACGACUACAACUUCACCACCCGAUCAUGAUCUUACCGGCACCUCCGUGGAGCUGUUGCUAGGCUCUCCAAUUUCUAAAUUUUAGUGUACUUAAGUUGAAGCUAUCUCAGUGGAUCGUAUCAGUAAGACUACUCAAAAGAAAGUCGUGAAGAAACUACAUACAACUAUAAACUCAUCUUUUUUCUGAACCCCGUGCACCGAGCUAAACUUUUAAGAUGAAUUUUCUAGAGGUGGUCGUCCAGGUAGAAAACCGGGGCGACAGUGAUGUCUAUCUGAAGGAGAGUCUCCUUCAUGCACUGCCAGGACGAUACGGCCUUGUGAUUAAAAUUGCCCCGUUCAGCACAAAGGUUAUCGCGGCGCAUACCUUCUUUGCCCGCAAUAAGUCCUUCGGGAGGCCCUCUACCGUAGAGGUUCAUAUAAACGGGAAAUUUAUUCAGUGCUUGACUCCACAGACGUUUGUACAUUUCCCAAAGAUCAUCGUUGACGAUGGUUUUACCGAUGGAGAGGGAUCAAUCAUCCGUGUGAUUCAUCCCCAAAGACCUCUUGAGCUCUCUCGUCUAAGGGCAUUCAACUUUCUUGCGAUGGGAUUCAAAGAAAGAAAGGAAGUGUGGAUUGUGAAGAAAUAAGGACUCAGUCAGAUGCAUGGAUACUGCAGGCUGCGGCUGAAAAAUUAAACAACAUUUUGACGUUUCUGUGUUUUUUUUCUUAAUUAUUGUUAUGGAGGAUGUGUGCGGUUCUUUUUAAUUUCUUCAUUUGUUUUCCUCCUGCGUGUACUUUUAUUUUUAAUAAGGGGAUAACACACAAGUACCCCUAGAAUAUGAUCGAAAUUCCAGAGACACACCUUAACUAAACUAAGGUUCUAUUACCCCCUAAACUUUUUUUUUAUAAUUUUGUACACCUUUUGUUUUACGUGGCACACUCCGUGACUCCAUGCAAUUGAGGCGCGUGAGAGAUAUUGGAUGCCACGUAAACCAAAAAGGUGCACAAAAUAAAAUAAAAAUGGGUUCAGGGGCAAUAAGACGUUAGUUUAGUUAAGGUGUGCC